GAUGGCGUAGUCUAUUCGUACAUGACCCUGUUCUGUCGGAGCCUUCGGCUUUGGUACUCUUAGUUAGCACCAAGAAAACGCAGCGCACACAAGGACCUGGGCCGAGAAGCAUCGAGAAUAAGACAAAUUUUAUUUUCAGGAGCCGCAUUAUUCACAUUGAAGGCAGUCUAUUUGAUCCAAAAAAAUCCAGUCGUGUUUGAAUUAGACUUUGAAAGGGUGUGAGAAGGGCUCGUUUUGGUUGUCGACAUUAUACGCACUCCAAGGUCCAUUUUGUCAUCAUCAACUCUAAGCUGAAGAGAUAAUGCCGCAUCCUCGUACGUUUCGAUUUUCUACACUCACUCACGGUGUACUUCCAGCCUUAUUCGUGUUCAUGUUCUUUACCGGCGUUACCCUCUUGGCGAGCUUGAUGUCCACAAUGUUUCAAGAUAUCCAAACGAGAAAUGCGUGCGAGCAACAGCGUUCAGAUGAAUUUAAAAAACUCGUUCGAGAGAGAGAAAUGUUACAGUCGAACCUGAAUGGAUGUCGAACCAGUAAGAAAAGCGCAUCACUGCUGAUGGAAACUGCGAAAUACCUGCGAGAAGAAAACAAGAAAUUACUGACCAAGGUGAAAAGGUGCGAAUUGGACAGUGGACAGGACGCCAAACAAGGUGUCGCAUCGCACACGACAUCAUUGGAUGACCAGUCGAACCUUCAUAACAACGAACGAAAAGUGAUUGUAAACGAAGCUUUUUUCCAAUACAUGGCCACUUAUUUGCAAGACACUCCUUACCCAGGAGUAGAGAACUACACCCAGUAUGCGGUGGUUCGAUUGAAUCUGGCGCCAUUGACUAAUGUCGAGCCGCUCAUACCCGAAUUCGGUCCAGUGCUUAACGAUGUUCUUUCUUUCCAAUAUACCACCUCUGUUCCAUCGUGCCCAGCUGCAACGACUUCCGUUGGCAAGCCCACUGUCUUUAUUGCUGUCAUAUCGGCCAUCUUCAAUUUUCACCGGCGAACGACAAUUCGGCGGACGUGGAAGAGUCACGUUCAAGCCGUGCAUCGAAACGGUCCGUUGGCAAUAGCCGGUUUCGCUUUUAUUUUGGGGCUUUCGGAGGAUGACGGGACGCAACGUCAAAUCGAAGAAGAGAGUAAGCUGUACGCGGAUAUCAUCCAAAUUAGGAUGUCGGAUUUUUACAGAAACUUGCCGCUAAAAAUAGCUGGCCUGCUCAACUGGCUGCGCAGUUAUUGUGCUGGCGAAAUUACCUUUCUUCUUAAAGUCGACGACGACGUCUACGUCAAUGUGCAUAAUCUCGUUCAUUUCGUUCGUUCCUAUCGUCAUUCUUACAUGACAGUUUUUGGUUCCGGUUCGCCAAUCAAGGGUUACGCUCAGCGGGAAGACAAAUGGCAAAUCUCGUACGCAGAAUGGCCGUGGAAUGAGUAUCCUCCCUACAUUUUAGGAGCGAUUUCGUUAACAUCUGGAAGCUCAAUCCAUCCGCUAUUGGCUGCCUGUCAAACGACGCCCAUGCUGCCAUUUGAAGAUGUCUAUUUUUUUGGACUGUGCGCGGAGAAAGCUGGCAUCAAGACUCGUUACUCUAUCUACCCAACUGGACCUCUCCGUCAAGACACAAAUCAAAUUCCGACGACGUGUGAGCUGAAAGCCAUGAUUGCUUGGCGUGUCCAUAACGAAGAUGGCACCAAAUGGCGAAGCAUGAUGGAAUCAUCCCACCAGGCAGUCGAUGAUUUCUACACUAAUACGACCCAGUGUGUUAUGAACGGAACAAGAAAACCGGUUGAUCACAUUGAACCGGUGUAUUUUACCUUUACGACUUAGAGCCGGAAAAACGAAAACAAAGAAUAACCUUCAUCAAUUCCGGCUCCAUAAACUGCGCAAUACCCGAUGCAGAUUCACUUUAAUAUUAUUGUGUUAUGUAGAUAGUGUUUUCCUGUCAUUCUUGUCAACUCAUUCGAUUUAGACCGAUGAAAAAGGCCACUUUACUGAACCAAUCAGAAUUUUCACAUUUAGAAUUACAAUUAGGACUCAAGAGCACGUCUAAAUUAUUGAUCUGACAUACAGUAGUAGUAUAUAGGUGACGUAUAAGAAACGGGCUAUUGUCUUGAAUUAAUUUGUUAUUCACAUCCGUACAAUACAAAACGAUCGAUACA